AUGUCGCAGCAUGUAUAUUACCCACUCGCCUCUUUGGCGGGUAUUAGUUUUGAUAUCAGACAAUUGAUAUACGAAUAUGCACUCCUCGUCAAAGACCCAACAGCGCUCACAACUGUGUCUUUGGAUUCAGAAACAUACGGCUCAAAAACUUAUACCAACUGUCUAUUACUUGAUUUUCAACACGUCAGCACAGCUCUCUUCAGAGUCAACCGGAAAAUGUCCCGAGAAAGUCUCGAGUACUUUUAUACAAACAACCAUUUUGUUCACGUCCGUACAGGUUUUUCCUGUUACUACCGAGACACAUUGAUGCAAGCCCUACCCGUGAAACUUUUUCGUUUGGAAGAGCGCCUACAUAGUGCAGCUAUCCUUCGUGUCAGUUUACAGACUUUACAGACAGCACUCGACAGUAGAUGGAACAUAUUGCAGGCAGGGCUUUCACUGAUGAUUAGAAGCUCAGAUCUAGGAAAGCUCUUUGAGUUCAUGGACGCUCGCAACUAUGCAUGUUUUACCAAAGAUAAAGUCGUCAAAGUAUCUCUUGAUUUCAACUUGAAAAUACGACACAACAAGAAAUGGAGACCUCAAACGACCCAGGGGAUGAUGAGCUCCAUUAGAUUUCGCCGGAUUCAAACGUCGCAACCUUGGUUCAGCCCGGAACACGAUCCAACAAUACAACUGGACAUAUCUGGUAAACUAAAUGCGGACCAACGCCUGCAGAUUGAAAAAGCAACAAACUUACACCCAUUGCACAGAUCAGAAAUCGAAGCUAUGACAGCGGAAUGUAUCGCAAAAGCCAAGGUGCUAUCAAGUAGCGAGAACUCUGCAGAUCGAAUCAAAGCAUAUGAAUAUUUGAUAGCCGCUGCUAACCUGAAUGGCGGAGAUAUCAACGUCCUUCUAUCAACCGAUCAGGACCCUAGGUGGGAAAGGAGUCCCAGUCGGACUCCAGAACAGUCAUUACUUUUCUUUCAGCUGCUCGACCAGAUCAGCUUAAUAUUUUCGAGCUUGAAUAUACGAGAACUUGCCAUGGCGACCUCCCUCGUGGCUCUGAGAGUGGGCCGCAACACCGGCGACCCGUUGCAGCUGAGGGCUAUAGAGGAAAUAACACUAAGAGUAGUGAACAGUUACCUCGCGGAAGAGGAAUGGGAAGAAGCUAUGCGACAUAUAAUUGAGGUUUGCAAUCGUUACCCAAAUAGUUCGGUAUUGCGGAAUGCAGUUCCAACGAUUAGAAGUCGUCGUAUCCAAGCCGAGAAGCAGAAGAUACAUCAAGAUGAAGUAGAGAAACUUACAAUGAGACUUGUCAAUAUGUUUAUCAUGGAAGAAUCGUGGGAUAAGGCUUUGGCUGAAGCAGAUUCUGCUCUUACCUUGUAUCCUGAUAGCGUUGUCUUGCAGAAUGCUGUUUGCGACAUUUUGGUUCUACAAUUCGAGGCUCGUAGUGAGGAGGCAGAGAGGCUGAGGAGAGAGCAGAAGGAAAUUGAGGCACUAGCUAUGGAGCUCGUGAGUCUUUCCGCCUCGGAGAAAGUGAUCUAUUAUGAUGCGGUAUCAGAGGUUCAUUCCGCCCUUGCUCAUUUUCCAAGUAGCAAAGUGCUACCGGACGCCGUUUUGAAAUUAGAUGCUGCCGUUUAG